CAGAAGGAGAAGUGGGCAGACUGGGUGCUGAGCCUGAGAAGGAAAGUGCCAGCUGCAGUGUUUGGCUGCAUGCAGGAGAAUGGACGCCAAGACAGGCCGUGCAGAGGUGCUGGGGACAGUGGUCUUGCUGCUGGGAGCCCUAGCUGUCACCUACAUCCUGUGGCCGGUGCCCCCACCAGCCCCCCAUGGCCAGGGGCAGCAGAGCGACUCCUGCCAGCUGGUCCUGGUGGAGAGCAUUCCCCAGGACCUGCAGGUGGCUAGCAGCCCUGCACAGCCCCUGCCUCAGGCCUGGCUGCAGCUGCUGGAUGCUGCCCGUGAGAGUGUACACGUGGCCUCCUUCUACUGGUCACUCACGGGUGCCGAUAUUGGGGUCAAUGACUCGUCCUCCCAGCAGGGAGAGGCUCUUCUGCAAAAACUGGAGCAGCUACCUGGUAGAAACGUGUCUUUGGCCGUGGUCACAAGCGAGCCCACACUGGCCAGCAACUCUACCGACCUGCGGCUGCUGGUCGCCCACGGAGCCCAGGUACGGCAGGUGCCCAUGCGGCAGCUCACCGGGGGCGUCCUGCACACCAAGUUCUGGGUGGUGGACCAGCGGCACCUCUAUGUGGGCAGUGCCAACAUGGACUGGCGGUCUCUGACACAGGUCAAGGAGCUGGGUGUGGUCAUCUACAACUGCAGCCAACUAGCCCGGGACCUGGAGAAAACCUUCCAGACCUACUGGGUGCUAGGGGCGCCCCAUGCUACGCUCCCCAAACACUGGCCUGGAAACUACUCCACCCACAUCAACCGCUUCCACCCACUUCAGGACAGUUUCUCUGGGCUACCCACCACUGCCUACCUCUCGGCCUCCCCGCCUGCCCUCUGCCCCUACGGCCGCACCGGAGACCUGGACGCACUGCUGGCUGUAAUGGGGGGCGCCAGGGAGUUCCUCUACGUCUCGGUGAUGGAGUACUUCCCCACCACCCGUUUCAGGCAUCCCACCAGGUACUGGCCAGUGCUGGACUCAGCGCUUCGAGAGGCUGCGGUCAGCAGGGGUGUGCAUGUGCGUCUGCUGGUCAGCUGCUGGCUCAACACCGACCCCCGCAUGUUCCCUUUCCUGCGGUCACUGCAGGCCCUCAGUGACCCUGCCGCCAGCAUCUCGGUGGAUGUGAAAGUCUACAUCGUGCCGGUAGGAAACCACUCGAACAUCCCAUUCGGCAGGGUGAACCACAGCAAGUUCAUGGUCACCGAGCGGGCAGCCUAUAUCGGCACCUCCAACUGGUCGGAGGAUUACUUCAGCAGCACAGCUGGAGUGGGGCUGGUGGUCAGACAGGACCCACCUCACAGCUCCCCCGGUCCGGCCCCUGUGCAGGAGCAGCUGCGGCAGGUGUUCGAGCGGGACUGGGGGUCCCCGUACACUGUGAGCCUGGAUGGACAAGCCCAGGGCCAAGACUGCGCAUGGCAGGUCUGAGGGGCAGCCAGCCCUUCCUGGCUCCCCAGAGCUCCCCACCUCCUGUCCACCAUCCUAGGACCCCCUUUGGACUGCCCACAGAUCCACGGGGACAUGCUCUGCUUCCCCUCUGUGUGCAGGUGAAGCCCUCCUAUGCUACCUCCUCCAGGGAGCCCUCCAGCUAUCCUUCCUUGGCAGCAAUAACAGAACAUUGGCUCAAAGCAGCUGCUGGAA